UGUUCAAAACAAUGAAAUUAGACCAUUAUCGGCAGACUAGAAAGACGGCUACUCCUUAUUUUAGCUUUAGGAAUCUUAAAAACAGGAAAUGGAGUUGCCUUCUCACCACAGACGAAGAACAGUGCAGUUGACAGGAAGCAGAAAGGAAUAUGAUUAUCCUCACAUUCUUCAGUUUUACAGGCUCCCUCCAAUUGGCAGCAUAAGUCUCAAAGAAUUUGAAGAGUUUGCCAUUGAAAGACUACAAGUUUUGAGAGCAGUUGAACGUGUAGGACUGAAGCACGUGAAAUCAACCAACGACUAUCGAGAUGCAUUUUUAGCUGAGUUGACUAAACAAAAAUUGAAAGGAUAUGUAAAAAAAGGACUUCAAAAUGAACAACUUACCGAUGAUAUGUAUGAUGAACGAAGAAAGGAUCACAUAUCACACUUCAUUCUACGUUUGGCAUACUGUAGAACUGAGGAGCUGCGUCGGUGGUUUAUCAGUCAAGAAUUGGACUUGUUUCGGUUUCGAUUUGUUACAGAAAGUGAAAACUAUGAUAGUAUGGAACACUUUUUCAAACUUAACAAUCUAGAUUAUGCCCCUAUUUCAGGUGAAGAAAAAAGUAAAAUUGCAAGUGAACUUAGAGAUUCUAGCUUUAGUCUUUCUGAUCACAAGGUGAAAGACAUAAAAUAUUACAAGGUUCCAUUCUUAGAAGCUCUAGACUUGGUACGAGGUCGUAAGGUGUAUUUAAACAAAGGCUACGUGUACAUUCCUCGAAUGGAUCUUGUAUCGGUUGUUUUAACUGUGUUUCGUAAUCACCUCUCUCAUGCUUUAGCUGUUACGUCUCGAGCCCUGCCUCAGUUGGAGGAAGACGGAAGAUUACUAAGUAUGCUGAAUGGCUUGAAUCAGCGGUAUCUUGGUGAUGAUUAUUCCAACAGUAAGAGAGAGGGUCAAGAGGGUCAAGUUUCUCCUCAGAUGGUUGAUGCAUUGGCCAAAUCGUCCUUUCCCCUCUGCAUGCAGACACUUCAUGAGACACUGAGACAAAGUCACCAUCUUAAACACGGAGGGAGAAUGCAGUAUGGACUUUUCCUCAAAGGUAUCGGAUUAAGUCUUGAGGAUGCUUUAAGGUUCUGGAGGGAAGAAUUCGUCAAGAUUAUAGAUAGUGAUAAG